AUGUCAGAAGCCAAAUACACUGGAGAUUUUACUACUACCACAGACAUGAUCGUCAACGAUGUGAAUAUUGACGAAGGAUGCAUACCUGAUUUGAAUGAGGAGGCCCGAGGGCUAACCACUGGACCACCUGGAAAAUACGCCUCCGAGUGCCUGCUGCUGACCACCGAAGGCUUCCUUUCGAGUGUGAAAGACUCUGGUUUUUCCUCUCGGGUGUCCGAGGUGGACACGGCUGAAGGUGCGGGAAACUCAAUCCUUGCUGAUCAGAACUACAAGAGGGACUUGACCAAACGGCUGGCCAGGAUCUCCGAGUGCCAACAUGAUGAAAAGUGUCGGUGCAGUCCCUGGUCCGUGGUCAAAGUUGUUGUCAAGAUCGUGUGUGUGUUUCUGCUCCUGUACAUCUUCAUCUGCACCCUUGACCUUCUCAGUAAUGCCUUCCGACUUCUGGGUGGAAAAACCGCAGGGAGUGUGUUCCAGGACAGUGAGCUGCUGGCGAACCCCAUCACGGGUCUCAUGAUUGGGGUCCUGGCCACGGUGAUCCUACAGAGCUCGUCCACUUCCAGCUCCAUCGUCAUCACUAUGGUUGCUUCCAACAUUAUAGAUAUCCGACCAGCCAUCCCAAUCAUCAUGGGAGCCAACAUUGGCACAACUGUCACCAACACACUAGUCUCCCUUGCUCACUCUAUGAACCGCAAGGAGUUCCGCAGGGCUUUUAGUGGCGCAGUGGUCCAUGAUGUCUUCAACUGGUUGACUGUGUUGAUUCUUCUGCCACUGGAAUACUUCACGGGCUACUUGUAUCACCUGACAAAGGCAAUUGUGUCGAGCCUGAGUUUGGAGACUAUGAAAGCCAAAGACCAGGAUCUGUUGAUGGUUCUCACCAAGCCAUUAACUAGCAGAAUUGUCGAAGUUGACAAGAAUGUCAUUACCGCCAUUGCUGAAGGCAAGAAUGAGUACAUGGACAAGCCUUUGCUAAAGGUGUACUGCAGCUUCAACACAACAAGGGAGGACACACUUGUUAAUAAAACCGUCACGGAUAACAUCACUGGGUCGGUAUCCUGGGUGAUGAGCAAUGAAACCGUGGAGAAGGUUACUCCUGGAGAGAAAUGUGAGACAUUGAUGAGCCUGAUUGGUUGGAACGACACAGCAUCAGGCAUCCUCUUGUUUAUUGCUUCCAUCAUCAUGCUGUCGCUGUGCCUGUACGCCCUGGUGAAGCUGCUGCACUCGCUGCUCGGAGGGCACAUUGCCAAAGCUGCCCGCAAGACCAUCAACGCUGACUUCCCCCGACCCUUCCACUGGCUGACUGGCUAUGCCGCUCUGGUUGUUGGGGCGGGCAUGACCAUCCUGGUGCAGAGUAGUUCAGUGUUUACCAGUGCCCUGACUCCACUGGUUGGAAUCGGUUGCCUGAAGUUGGAGCGCAUGUAUCCACUGACUCUUGGAUCCAACAUUGGAACAACUUUUACAGGUAUUUUAGCUGCACUGGCCGCAUCAUCUUCUACCAUAUCUGUGGCCCUCCAGCUAGCCUUUUGUCACCUGUUUUUCAACAUCUCUGGGAUUCUGCUGUUCUACCCAAUCCCCAAGAUGCGACUUCUGGUCAUCAACAUCGCCAAGUAUCUGGGACGCACUACAGCCUGCUACCGGUGGUUUGCCAUUGCUUACCUUGUGUUUAUGUUUCUAAUAUUUCCUGCUAUGUUUUUUGCUGUUUCAUUUGCUGGUCGCAUUGUCUUUGUUGUUUUCAUUUGCGUCUUAUCCGGGAUGAUUACUUUGAUUGUCGUUAUCAAUGUCAUGCAGAGAUACGAUUGUUUAAGAAAAUUUUUACCUGUCAGGCUUCAUACCUGGAACUUUCUGCCAGAGUUCAUGAGGUCACUGGCUCCUGUUGACAGAUGUUUAAACAAAUUGUUAGUUCCGUUCAGCAAAUGUUGCUGUCAGUGCUGCAUUAAUCGCUGUAGCUGUCUGAGACCUGUCCCUGACAUUGACAUGGGUUGCAUCGACAGUGACAGCGAUUCCGAAUCUUCAGCACAGUCGUCCUACCUGCCAUCUGCUGCUUCAUCCAGAAUGUUCCUAGCAUCGUCCAGCUCACGAAUCUACAAGCCCAGGGAAUCGGCUUCAAGAAGAAAUAGCUUGACAAGGAAGUCGCCCAGUGUGAAACACAUUGCAAUACCAGAAGUGAUCUCAACCACCACACCUUUACUUGAAGACAGCGAUCUGAAGAACCACCAAAGCGCCACCUACAUUAUUCCCAAAUCUGAACUGAACAAAUCCUGUGAUAGCCAAGAUAAAAACACUGUUACAGUUGACAUGACUGCGCUUAAAGUAGAAAGCUUGAAUGAAAGUGUUAUAUGA